AACGGACGCCGGCAGGUCCGCGGGCCUCAUGUUGGGAAUCACACAAACACACACGCACACAGUGUUGACGCCGCUCCAUUCAUUUGAGUCUCAUCUGACUGAGAGGCAGACGGAGCUCUAGCGGUCAAACUCACCAAAUCUGCACCAUCCGUCCUCAGAGUAAAGCACCGGGGGCAGCUGCUGCUCCGGCUUCACUUUUUCUCCUUUGGGUUUUCUUUUUUUUUUUUUUCUUCCAGUGUGUGUGUGUGUGUGUGUGUGUGUGUGUGUGUGUGUGUUGUAGUUGUUGUGAACAUGCAAGCGAACGGCCGCCACCGAAGCACGGAAUCAAGGACAACUUGGACAAAUGGGCAACUUAUAUUUUACAAAUGCACUUUAUAUUUAUUCAUCGUCUUUAGUGCGGAACUGAGGGGCAGCGCUGCGGCGCCGCUGGACUCUGACGACUUUGCCUUCUUCCAUGAGGGCGCCCAGGGGUGUCUGGGGGUGCGGGAUCACUCCCUCGUCCUGUCAACCUCCUGUGAGGCGGCCAACCAGCGCUGGAAGUGGGUGACCCGGGGUCGCCUGUUCAAUUUGGGCUCUUCGCUGUGUUUGGGUCUGACCACUGGUAACCUCACCUCCAGAUGGGACAAGUCUCCUCUGGGUGUGUACACCUGCGACCGUGAGCCCCCGAGAGUACGCUGGACCUGGAACUGUGGCCAGGUGUUGGACAACCUCAACAACUACCUUCCCUCGCCCUUAUUUUGGAACUCGUCGUCCUCCUCAGUCUCCGCCUCUUCAGCGCUCAAAUGGACGCUGCACGGUGGUGUGCAGGACCUGUGCUCUAAAACAUAUCGUGAGAUCUACACCAUCCAGGGAAACUCUCAUGGCCGCCCCUGCUAUCUGCCCUUCCUGUAUGAUGGCCAGUGGUUCCACAACUGUACUAGUAUUGGACGUGAGGACGGACACCUCUGGUGUGCCACAACGUUUGACUACGGCAAGGAUGAGCGUUGGGGCUUCUGUCCUGUAAAGAGCAGUGGCUGUGAGACAUUCUGGGACACUGACCCGCUGACAGACAGCUGUUACCAGUUUAACUUCCAGGCCACCCUGUCGUGGAGCGAAGCCCGGAUCAGCUGCCAGCAGCAGGGGGCAGACCUGCUGAGCAUCACCAAGCUGCAUGAGCAGACGUACAUCAAUGGUUUACUGACAGGUUACAGUGCUGCUUUGUGGAUUGGCCUCAAUGACCUGGACAUCCAUGGAGGCUGGCAGUGGGCCGACUCCUCUCCGCUCAAGUAUCUCAAUUGGGAAACAGAUCAGCCAAACCAUGCUGAGGAGGAGAACUGUGUCGUGAUCAGAACUGAGUCCUCGGGUCGCUGGCAAAACCGCGAUUGUUCUGUUGCUCUGCCGUACGUCUGUAAAAAGAGGCCCAACGCCACCCUGGACCCCUUCACAACUGACUCGUGGACAGAUGAUGCGAAAUAUGAGUGCGAUGUGGGCUGGCAGGCCUUCCAGGCGAGCUGUUACAAGCUGACUUCAGAGAAGAUCGACUGGGAUACAGCGCAGAAAACCUGUCAGAAGAUGGAGGCCAACCUGGUCAGCAUCCACACCCUACCUGAGCUAGAGUUCAUCAUGCGCAACCUGAAGAGAGACAUUGACCAGCUGUGGAUUGGCCUCCAUGACACUGAUAUGCAAAUGGACUUCCAGUGGACCGACCACACGCCCGUCAUCUUCACCUACUGGCACCCGUUUGAACCCAACAACUUCCGCAACACUCAAGAAGAUUGCGUCUCCAUCUGGGGGGCUGAGGGCCGCUGGGAUGACAGCCCUUGUAAUCUGACUCUGCCGUCCAUCUGUAAGAAACUGGGAACAAAGAGUGAUGGGAAACCGCAGCACCAAGACUGCAAACAAGGCUGGAAGUGGCACAGUCCAGCUUGCUACUGGGUGGGAGAAGAUCUGCUUAGUUUUGAUGAGGCCAGGAAGUCCUGUGAGGACUAUGGAGCUGCCCUUGUUACCAUUACCAAUAGGUUCGAGCAGGCCUUUGCCAACAGCCUGGUGUUCGGUCGCUCUGGUGAUUCCUUCUGGAUCGGCCUGCACGACCAGGGCAGCCCCGGCUCUUUCCACUGGCUCAGCGGGGAUGAAGUGUCCUACACCAACUGGAAUCGCGACCAGCCAGUCAAGGUCCACGGCGCCUGCGUUUCCAUGGCGACGGGCUCCGCAACAGGUCUGUGGGAGGUGAUGGAGUGUGCGUCAUCGAAGGCAAAAUUCAUCUGCCGUCAAAACCAGGACACGUCUCUGAGUCCUGAGCCCCCAGUCCCUCAGCCCACCCCGAGCCUCAGCGGCUCCUGUCCCAGUGGCUGGAAGAGCAACAGCAACCUGCGCUACUGUUACAAGGUGUUUCACUCCUCCCAGCUGGAGCAGAAGCUGAGCUGGCUGCAGGCUCACCUGUUCUGCCGGAGACACGGAGCCAACCUGCUGAGUGUCAGUGGCCCUGAGGAGGAGCACUUUGUGCUGCAGAUGCUCAAUGAGGCCUUUGGAGAGUCAGAGGACCACGAGCAGCACUGGUUUUGGAUCGGACUGAACCGCAGAAACCCCAUGGACAACGGCAGCUGGAAGUGGAGCGAUGGACUCGCUUUAACGUACCAGAACUUUGGCCGGUACUACUACAACAUCCGGCAAUGUGCCGCAGCAGACUUGGGCACUAUGACCUGGCUGGCCAUGCACUGUGAUUCUGAGUUAGACUGGAUCUGCAAGAUCCCGAGAGGUAGUGUUGAGAAGGAACCAGAAGUCUCUGAAGGCACCAGUUCGCCAGAGUGGAUUGGCUUUCAGGAGGCUGAUUAUAAAUUUUUUGACCACCGCACCACUUGGGACCAGGCCCAGAGGAUUUGCUCCUGGUUUGAUUCCUCGCUGGCCUCAGUCCACUCAGCUGAGGAAGAGGCCUUCUUGGCCAACACUUUACGCAAGAUGAGGAAGGUGGAGGGUGACAACUGGUGGCUGGGGCUUCACACCUACGAAAAUGAUGGCCGUUUCCGCUGGUCUGACCACUCUGUGCUCAAUUACGUGUCCUGGGCCCUUGGGAGGCCACACCCACUGAGCCGUGAUCGCAAAUGUGUCUACAUGUCUGCCAGCAAAGCGGAUUGGGCCGAUCAAAAGUGCCACUCUGACCUGCCCUACAUCUGCAAGAGAGUAAAUGUCACAGGCACCAUUCCUCCAACGCCAUCGUCCCCCCACCCUCCUUCAGGCUGUCCUGACGGAUGGUCCUCCUAUCAGCAUAAGUGUUUCAGAGUGUUUGAUCAGGCGUCACACCGAGUCACGUGGUCUGCUGCGAAGCUGAAGUGUGAGACGCAGAGAGGUGUGCUGGCAGUGGUGUCCAGUCAUUUGGAGGAAGCCUUUGUCACCACCCUGCUUUACAAUGCCAGUGUUGACCUUUGGGUGGGUCUGACCUCAGACUCUAAAGGUCAUUUCCAGUGGUCCAAGGCUGGCCUGCUCAGCUACACCAACUGGGCUCCUGGAGAACCACUCGACAACAGCGGACCACAUCAUAACAAGACCCCGGGAAACUGCGUGGUGAUGAUUCAUGGGAACCCACCGAAGAACACUGGCAUGUGGGCUUCCCGAGCCUGUGAGAUGGAGAGUAAUGGCUACAUCUGUCAAAGGCAACAAGACUCAGAUAUCCCCCCGGCCCCGCCUCUUGUUCCUGCGUCCCUGUCAAAGCCUGUGGAGCUGGGUGGAGUGACUUACCGGGUUGUGGAGAAGCGCCUGGACUGGACAGGUGCUCUGCACCUCUGUGAGUCUUUGAAUGGGACCCUGGCCAAGGUGAAGGAUCCUUACCAACAGGCUUACCUCACGCUGCUGAUGAACAGCCUGCGCAGGCCUGCCUGGAUCGCGCUCUACAACUACGGAGGGCGGAGCUUCUCCUGGCUGGGUGAAGAAGAACUUUCAUAUUCCAACUGGAAAGAUGGGGAGCCCAAUCAGAUGGCUGGAUGUGGCCACAUGACCACUACUGGCCAGUGGACUAUGACUCCCUGUGAUGCUAAACUGGAGGCUGCUAUCUGUCAGAUUAGUGAAGCUCCUGUGAGUCACCAGUGGAUCUACCCCGGCCAGUGCCCCCACUCUCUGGGAGGGUGGGCGUGGGUGCCUUUCAGAAACCACUGUUACGCCUUCAACCUGCAAAGUCUUAAACUGCAGCAGGACGCUCGCAUGUCCUGUAAGAAAGUGGGAGCAGAACUUCUCUCUAUCCUGGAUGAGACAGAGAAUGGAUUUAUAUGGGAACAUAUCCAGAGCUAUGCAGAGCAGGCACACGGAGCUUGGCUGGGCAUCAGCGUGAAAGGAAGAGGUCUGGUGUGGAGUGAGGACACAGAGAUGUUGUACACCAACUGGGAGACACAUGAUGUCGCCUCCUCCGUGCUGUCUCCAAACUCCUGCUUCUGGAUCCAGAGCAACAGCGGCCUGUGGAAACCGGGCUCCUGCAGAAAUCGCACCCACGGAGUCAUCUGCAAGCAGCCUCGCAGUGCUGAAACUCCUGUAAUAUUGGAUGACGACAACCUGUCCACUCUGAUUGUCGUCCUGGUGACGGGCCUCGUGCUGGUGGUGCUGAUCGUCGGUGUGAUCUACUUGUAUCGUCGGCGAACCGUCGGGUCCCGGGGGUCCUACGAGGGGGCCCGCUACAGCCGCACCAACUCCAGCCUGACAGAGCAGACUGAGAAGAACAUCCUGGUGUCUGACAUGGAGCUGAACGAGCAGCCAGAGUAGCAGAGCCGCUCCGGACUGACCAAACCCGGACCGGACCCAACCUGACACAGAGGGAGAGGCUGAUUUCAAUGUGGCAUUUUAAGUUCUUUUGUUGUCCCUUUUGAAACCAAAAAAAAAAAAAAAAAAGAUUUAUAAAGCGCUGAAGGGCUGUGUAGAGCACAGCAGAUGUUUAGUUUUUAAAAUGAAUCUCAAUCCUCUUUUGUCAAGACUCAACGGUUCUAACAAUUUCUCUCCAGACGAAUCAGAUCCUUCCAUAUGUGCUGCUUUUACGCAAAACGUUCAUGAAGCCCAUAAGCGGACCCUCUGGGAGUUUAGUUUUAUCGUAAGCUGAAAAAGUUCAACAUAAAAUCAGUUUUCGAGUCCUCGCCGUCUUCCUUGGUGCCAAAGUAAAUUUUUACUUGGUGUAUAUUUCUUUUCUUGUUCUCAUUUUGAUUGCAAGACUUACAUAGCAAAGAAAAAAAAAAGUCCUAUCACAGCCACAGAUCUAUCCUUUAUUGAAACCAUUUGUCUCUGUCCUCAGUCUUCUUCAGGACCAAAUCCAUUUUUUAAUUUCAAGUUGUUUUUUUUUCCUUUUUGCCAUGACAGUAUUUACCUGAACCUGAGGUGUGUGUUGUUGUUGUUGUUUUUCUUUGCGUUCAUGUCCUCUCCAUUGAUCUGACCUUAUCUGUGCAGCUGUAGCGAACAGUUACUGAUGAUGCAUGUGUGGUUUGUGUGAGCCCGCCUCUCCCCUCCUCUCCGAUCUGACACGUCAGCACCAGCUGUCGGACAAGCAGAGGAGGAAGAAGUCCAAAUGUGAAUGUGUGGAAGACGACAGGGACCGUGAUAAGUAGUGACCUCAAACCGUCUGAGGACAGUACACUAGAAUUGUGCACAUUUUAAAGUUCUGCAGAGAACUUAUUGAAAGCUGGCCUUGAAACAGACUACAUUGUUGUCUUUUUGGUACUGCAGAAUUGAAGGUUGUCAUCAAAUGAUCUGACUUUCAGUUCCAAUGGCUCUGUGUACAUUUUGGCACUUUCUGCUAUUAUCUCGAGCGAAUUCAAUAUUAGUCAUCCGCUUGCCUUUAGUCAGUAUCCUUACAGCGCGGUUGCUGCUCUGUGAUUCCAAUCGUGCGUUUGUUUUGGCUCAUCGUGUCGCCAUCUGGAGCUGAUUCAGCGAUUUUUAAGGACUGUAAUUCUCUUUGUAUGCACCAUGAAAAAGGGUUUGCAAUUUGAUAUUUGUCUGAUUCAUCAUGUUUAUGGGCCGCAGUUCCCUUUUCUGUAUGCUUUAUCACUAGGACAUUUUUCUCUAUCUGUCUUUUUAAUGAUGCAGGUUUCAACAUGUGUUUUGACCUUAAUUUGACUGCUUUCGUAAACUUUCCUGCGUUUACAGGACGAUUGUCAACCUUUGAACCUCUCAUUGCCUCACAAAGGAAAACAUCCCUCAUGUGAAUGACACCGUUGUAUUAUAUGAGAGCCAGAGAAUGUUUCAAAAAGUGAAUUCACUGCACAAGAGAAGCCUCCUUCUGUUCUUUUUCUAUUGCAUUUUGAGAUUUCACAUUUACGCAGCGUAGUGACCACAGUUUUCAGAGUUCAUUUGUCUCCUUAGACAUUUUUUUUUCUUUUCCUUUUUCCCAGCAGCUCUUGCCUCCGAGUGCAUUUCUGUCUUCUCGCUCGGAGGAAUGCUUUGGAGCCGUUUCAGUCUGAGGCUUUUGGUGUUUUACUGAGCAGCAGCUCCAUGAGUUAGACUAAGAUAGAGGGGGAAGGGAGGACGAGAGGGAGUAAGUUGAAGUGUGUGUGUGUGUGUGUGUGUGUGUGUAUGUGUGUGUGUGAGAGAGAGAGAGAGAGAGAGAGAAAGGGAGGGAGAGAGUUUGUGUGCAGUCUCCAGCUGUGGAAUGUUGAGUCGGCAAGAAGAGCUCAGUGGCACGUCUGGAACCAAUCAGGAAAGGAGGGCUCAGGGACAUGAAGGGUCAGAGAGAAGACUGGAAAACUAGCCGAAGGAGAGACGGGGAAGAAGAAAAAAACAGGGACUGUGAGGAGGAGUUGUGAAUGUAGGAAGA